AUAAAUGGAACGGUGACUGCAAGCUUGUCUUCCAUGGGCUAACAGGAACGCUGCAACUUUAUAUGUAAAAGAGAUAGGAAGGAAGAAAUUGGUUUGUGGUUAGCUGACAGAAUGGUUGAUCUUGGUUGUGCCAGUGUUUGGUUAUCUCAGUUCUGGUUCCACGAUCAGGCUGUGGAAAGUUGUUGCUGUUGUCACUUGUGGGGGACAAUCUGGUUCCCAUGAGUGUUCUGGGGUACAGCCUUGUCACCCUAGAUAAUUGUGCUCAUUGUAGACAUGGAGGGUGGUCUGUCUCGAGAGGCAAUAAGGAUUAUUCCCAAUCGGCCCUGUUAAUCGACUAGAGAAACAAGUAGCUAAGAAGAAAGCGUUGAUGAGGCAAAUGAAGAAGCUGAGGGGAAUCUGCUUUCAACACAAAGGCCAUGGUUCAUAGUGUCUGGGUCUCUGGUAGCUGACUAUGAGAUCAGUGUAAAUCCUGAUUGCUUGACAGUUUUGAAAGUCUGGCUUUAAUGAUUUAAAUUUUGAUGAAAACAUUAUCAUCUUGUAUUUCUAAAACCCAAGCUAUGGUUUCUGGGGAGCAAAGGAAAGUGUCAUUGGUUGACGGAUGGAACUAGAUGUCCCUGUGAUUAUGCUAACGUUAAAUUACCUUUCCAUCAAGGGCUGCUGUCCUCCCAAGGUAGGAAACUUCCUCAAGCAAGUGUUCACUGUAUCCAUCUUUCUCUAAAGUCUGUGCGUCUUAUGUGAGUAAAUGAAUAAUAAAUGGAAUUAAAGAGGCUCGAUUCUAAGAUCACACUGGCUAACUCUGUACCUUGUGGCAAAUUACUGAAUCCUUACAGUCAAACAGUGCAUUACAAAAUCAUUGGGUCUAAACCAGGCAUGGCUGUAUACGUCUCCAAGACCUGUUAACACUAGGAGGGUUCCAGGAGGAGCAGUCUGAGCUAUACAGGGGACCUUAUCUCAGAGCAACCAAAGUCAUUGUUCUAAUAAAAUGUAGCACUGGAAACACUUCAUCUAAUCUAGCUAUAUUAUUCUACAGGUCUAUGGGGGGGGGGUGUUUCUGAGUUAUUUGGAACAUUGACCCCUCACCCACAUUUCAACACUACUACUAGCUUGUUUUGCCAUCUUUCUAAACAAAAGGCUGAGCUACAAAAGAGUAAACUUUGAACUACAAAAGAGUAAAUGAAACCCUGCCCUGUCAGUGGCAGUACAGUCAUAGCCUGCUAACCUUCUAGAACUGCUCCUAUUAACCAGUUAAAAACGAAGACACCCCCUGCUUUGCCGGGUCAAUAUGAGAUUUGUGGGGACACACACACACACACACACACACACACACACACACACAUACACACACAGACCUCCUUAUUGAUGAGUAUGCCUACUUUUCAGGGACAACUUGUUUUAGUCGUGGUGCCUCCCAUUAGCACGAUAACUCAGCAAAAGUUUUCAAUCAAGUUUAUAUAUAUGUUUCCAAAGGGGAAGGUACCCAGUUUCAUCAGCUAAGCACUGAACAAAAGUAUUUCCAGUACACGUAUGUGUUCCAACGCGGAACAAGCAAGUAUAUCACAUCAUUAGAAAAAACAAACAAACAACAACAAUGAAAAAAAAAAACCCUGUUAAUGUUCAUUGCAGUAUGCUGGAACGUUCUAUACAUUACCUCAAAGAACACAACAGCCUCAGGUUGUGGGUACUAGUGUUUUUCACAGUUGAGUAAGGCCCACAGUAAAGUAACUUGCCCUUGUAACACAACACCAGCACCCUCAGAAGUGAAACGGGCAGAACUGCAGCCAGCAACUGCAACCUCAGAGGCCGACACCCGGCAGAGACUUCGGGAAACCUCGACAAUCUCGUGACUUUGUCCAAACGCCCCGCUAAUUUGGAUUGGAGCGGCCAAUUUAAGCAUGGAAGAGAGUCUGCAGAAAAAAAGGAAUUGGGUCAUGCAGCCCAGGACCCGCAGGCUAACAACACAGAGCUUCAGGAGCCCCCCGACCCACUGCGGAGCGGUGUGUCGGAAGUGACGUCAUACGCGGAAGUUGUGGAGGCGGAGGCGGCGCCUGCGCGCAGGGGUUGCGCUGGGUCGGGUGUCCAGCGCUGUCGCAGGAGCGCCUUGAGAAAGCUUGCGGUCGUGCGAACUCGGCUUCGGGCCGAGAACUUAGAAUUUUGCAGAACCCUGCUGCUACCUAUGCAGUCUGCCAUGGAUACCGUGUAAAGAAACCCUGGAUGCAGUAACGGACAAAACAUGAGUCAAUUUGUGUUGUGGCCCUCAGAUCCUAACACACCGGGAGAGGCAUUCUCAGUUAAGAGAUUACCUCAAAUCCGAAGUAAGACCUUGGACUUUUGAACAGUGUUGGAAUUGUUGAAGAAUAUGGGGACUUUUGAAGUUGUGCUGGACAAAUGUUUGCAUGAUAAAAUGGCAGCGAAGGCUGGCAGGGAAACUCAAAGAGUUCAAUCCCCAAAGCCAAAAUGUGGAAGGAGAGAGCUUAUUCCUGCAACUUGUCUUCUGACUUCUAUAGCAUGCACAUGUGUCAGGGCACAUGCAUGAGUACACACACUCUCUCUCUCUCUCUCUCUCUCUCUCUCUCUCUCUCUCUGUCUCACACACACACACACACACACACACACAAGUAGAUGUAAUAAAAAAUUUAACAGAUGGUCAUGAAAUUCUGGAAAGAAGGGUUGAAAGUUCAUGGCUUCAAAUUGUUGUGUUUGGAUGUCAAGUUGUAAAGGAUGGAGUUGUGGUUAGUGUUGAUUGUUAACUUCAUAGCAUCUAGAAACAAGCUUCUGGGAUCCCCUGUCAGGGAUCAUCUUGAUAUACAGAUUGGAGGUGGAGAGAGACCUCUGUGGGCGUCUCCAUUCCAUAGGCUUGCAUCCUGGACUUCAUGAAAGAAGGAAGCAGGCAAAGAGCCAGCAUUCAUCAUCCUGUUCUUCCUGGCUGUGGACGAAGUGUGACCAGCUGCUUCAAGCUCCUGCUGCCUUGACCACUUUGGCACAGUGGGCUGCACUCUGGAACUGGGAGCCAAAAUAAACUCCUUCCUUACGUUGCUUUUACCAGGGUGUUUAUCAUAGCAACAGGUUAGGCAAGGAGGACACUGGCCCAGGCACACUUUUCUCUAGAAAUGCCAGAGAUUUCUUCUGGAGCUUUAGGGCCUCUGUGUGUGAGAUUCCUUACACGUAAAGUGCUCUGCUCUCACAUGACUGUGUAUCAACUACUCAUCUUCUGUUAUUUCGGUCUGUGAGUGGGGCUCUCUCCAACCAUCUUACUUUAGUUGCAUGGCAUAUCUAUCCCUACCUCUGCUCUGCUCUCCAUGCGUUCCUCUCAGAGUGACAUACUCUUCACUAGUAUUUCCCCAGGACUGAACGGUGAACCAGAGACACUCAAAACAUGUUUAGUAAAUGUGUGUCUUUAACCCGUACUAAGAGGUAUGUAUAGAUUCGUGACCCAAACUGAGGUUUUUGUAUCUAAAAAUUACUUUAAAGAAUAAAGAAUGAGUUAACUCAUACUAUGCUUUGUUCUGUAACAUACUUGAAAUAGCUAUAGUACUAUAUAUACCAUACUGCACUAUAGUAACUAUAGUGCCGGGAAGACAUAUGCUAUAUAUAUACCAUCCUAUACUACAGUAGCUAUAGUGCCAGGAAGAUAUGCAGAGAAGGAAACAAAGAGUGUAGUCGUCCUUUUAAACUGGGAAGUGUUUAUAGGCAGAAGGUCCUGGACAGUGGCACCAGGCAGGUUGUACAUUGGUGUCAUUGAAAGUUACCUUGCUCAGUUGUAACUGCACUGGAAUUGUGAGUCUUGUUCUGUGGGACAGGGCAUAGUAAUUUGAGUCUGGAACUAUGAAAAACUAUUUGCCUAGAAAGACACUUGAAAUUGCUGUUCUAGAAAAAGCUGUGUUCCCAAGGGCCUGUUCCUUGUCACAGCUGCACUCAGAGCUGGCAGCUGGUGAUGAUGCUAAUGCCUAAACAUUCCCAGAGUUGAUGCAAACUUGGUGACUGGAUAUCUUUGAAAGUCAUUUGUCAAAGAUAUGAGCCAGCAUGUGGCUCACUCUAGGUCCUCCUGUUCCAGCCACGAGGAAGACAAGAGUCCAGGAGGCCUGCCUGCCUUUCAGGGGGAUCAUUGGCAACUCAUGUAGGUUCUUACACGUUAGGAAGCAAACAGGGAAGGAGGAUGAGAGAAAGGAUUGUUCAAAUUCAGAUCAUUCUUGUGAGCGUAGAGUUCCACAGGCAGUCACAUGUGCAGCACACGUCUGUGUGCUCGUGGUACGUGCACUUUCCCAGUACUCCUUUGUCUUUUUGUGAUAAGGGUGGGAGCCAGAGAUAGUGAGGGACAAAGAGACGGACUGCAGAGCAUAUUUCCUAGACCGAGCUGGUGUUUCUAGGAAAAGAUGAUCCUGUUUACCUUGAGUAGUGUUAAUAGUACAAUGUGUUGUGAUGUUUUCUUUUUAACCUCGUACUUUGCUGUCUUUGACAUGGAGAUAAUAGAACCUUUUGAAGUGAACUUUUCUGUACUGCAUCAUUCUUUCAGAAUUAAAAGAGGAGGACUAAGAACAGGGUAAUUCGAAGAAAUACAGAAAUGUCCACAACCCAAGGCUAUACCCCAUUUCAGGGAACAGAUAUAAGGAAAUGAGAUGCGAGAAUCACAGAAUUAUUAAAUCAUUAAAAUGAACAACACACAUAAGGAAACUUGGUCAGAACCAAAACCAGCAUGGUAUGUUGCCAGUAGGAUGUAGAUGUCUUUAAAAGGCAUGAGCUGAGAUUAUCUAACUAUUUGACAACUUUCUAUUCAGUUUUUCAGGAGAUGAAAUCUUACCACUUUGGCAUUUGAUGACUAAUAAGAAAACCUGAGACAGGCAGAUGUGUCGUUAUGGCAAUGACACAAAGAAUAUCAUAUAUCCUAGCAUAAAUAAUGUAGAGCAGAUCUUAUUUCCAGUAAAAGCUUUGAAGUAGCAGAAAGAAAAUACCCUGCAGCAAAUUUGCUGACAUAAGUUUUGACAUAUAGUAAGGACAAGAAUGCGCCAAAGCUUUUACCUCAGUGUUAGAAUGAUGCUAACUCAGAACAGCCAGCAGAGUAAAAGGAUGCGAGCCUAGAACAGCUCCGUGCGAUAGGAUGCUAGCCUAGAACACCUCCGUUCAAUAGGAUGCUAGCCUAGAACAGCUCCGUGCGAUCGGAGGCUAGCCUAGAACAGCUCUGUAAUGAUGAUGUAACUUUGCAAAAUGCUGCAUUCUUCAUUUUUCUUCUCUCUCUCUCUCUCUGUGAGUGUGUGUGAAAAUUAUAUUAGGUUUCCCCAAACAAGUAUAGGUAAAACUUCCUUUUUGCUCAAUCUAUUCAUAACCUUUAGACAAAUAUUUUAAGAAAUGUUCUAGUGUAGAGCCUUUAAGAUGGGUCAACAGGUAAAGGUCCUUGCUGCCAAAUCUAUCCGGAGUCUGAUACCUGGGACCCACACAGGGAGGGCAUCAACUCCUGCAAAUUGUCCUCUGACCUCCACAUGCGUUCCAUGGCAUGUUCUCACAUACAAAAUACAUACAUGUUAAAAUGUUCUAGAUAAAAGAUAAAUAUAUAUAUUUGUGUGUAUAUAUAUGACGGCUGACCGAUGUAUUUGAUAUACUCUAAAACCAGGUGAUACAUUUUUGCCCAAUAUCUAUUCUUAAUGAAUAUAGAUCCUAAAAUAUUAAAACUGUUUCAGGUUUGAUAAACUUGUACUAAGUUGAGUACGUGACCGUUAAGUGAUGUGUACAGACCUGACCUGUCAGCCAUUGCCCUUCUGAGUGGCUGUCAGGAUCUCAGCUUUGGGUUCUCUUCUAUCUGUUCAGUCAAGUGUGCCUCUUCUGAAUUCCUUGACUUCUGUUUGCUGAGGUGCCCUAGAAUUCAAUCCUUGGGUGUUCUUGUUCUCUCUUUGUCUUUCUUUCUCCAUCUCUCAGAAAUCUGUAAUCCUUUCUCUUUGAUUUCAUGGCUCUAUAAUUCUGACUUUCAGCCUUGUCUUCAGCCUGCACUUCUCUACACCCUAGGCUCGAGCAUACAUAGCAGACACUAGUAUGAACAGUCAGAGGAGAAAGGUGAGACUGAACGCGGCUGAAGGAUGUUUCUAGGAAAAGGCAGUGACUGAUGAGGUCAGUUCUGUACACCCCCUGUCUAAUGUGCAUCUCAGACUUUUAAUGCACUCAGAUCUUUGUUCCUAUCAAAAUUCUCUUCAGUUUCCCAGCUCAUUAACACACAAGUCUGGACUUUCCAGUCCUCAAGCUUGGAGUUACCCUUACAGUCUGAUGCUUUAGAUUGUCCCCAGAGUCGUCUCCCUUGCAGUUGCCCACUAAUGCUUCUUCCCUUGCUGUUUCAGCUCAUAAAGCAACUGCGUGUCCUGAAUGAACGCCACACUGUCACUCCCUGGAAUGGAGCCGGGGCUCCCUUUACCUCCCCAGCGUGAUGUCUUCUCUCUCCUGAUCACGUCUUCUGCUACUGUGCCUGCUUUGUGUUUGGGGGGAUUAUUUGGUGCUGUUUCCUGUUCUUGGAGUGUCCUCCUCAUUCCUCCUCAUUCCUCUUUUAGGUCUUGACUCAAGUCACUUUCUUAGUGAGGUCUAGCUAGCCUGCUCUAUAACCCCUUCCCUCCCUUCCCCACCUUGUAUAGGCUUUGUCUAGGAAGGCUUCCUCUGCGUUUAUCCCUGGAGGAAGGUUUGGUCUGCUUGCUCUCGUGCUUUUCAAUUUAUCUUUCCAGUGCCUUUGAUCUAUGUCUGUAGAGAAAUCCACUGACAAUGUUCAGGAGCUCUUGUGUGUGUGACUGGACUUCUCUUGACACAGGUUUUUCUUUGAGUUUUAACAGUGUAGUUAUAUUUCUUUGUGUGGACUUCUUUGGGCUUGUUACUCAGAACACUUUGACCCCGUUAAGCUUAGAUAUGUAGGGCCAGUGGAAUAGCUCAGUGGGUAAAGGUUCCUGCUGCAGAGCCUCAUAACCCAGUCAGGCCCCUCAACCUGGAUAGUAGGAGAGCUAUUUGUUAAUAUUUUCACAUGUGUAUCAAGACACAUGCACACCUCUUCAUGCAGUAAAUAAAAAGGUAAUGAGCAUGUAGAGGCCUAGUUCCUUGACUCAGUCCUCAGGACGAGAGCGAUGACUACUACCUUACGCUGUCGCUCUUACACUGCAACUCGUGUGUGUGUGUGUGUGUGUGUGUGUGUGUGUGUGUGUGUGUGUGUGUUGGGCAUCUUGAUGGUGUCUCAGUCCUUCGAGUGUCACUCUUCCUCCCAUCCCUUCUACUUCAUGAACCUAAAUCAUUUGUCCUCACGUUUGCUGAGUUAUUUGAUCAAAUGUAAUGUUGAAAAAAUUCCUUUUCACUCUUUCUCUGAAUUCUUCAACUUUGAUGUAUUCCUGGAUUGUUUCAUUGUUAGUUUUGUUUCGCACAAGGCCUUAUUCUGUAGCCCAGGCUGGCUCCUUACUCAUAGCAGUCCUGCCUGAGCUUGCCCACAUGUUGAGUUUAUACAAGGGAACCACCAUGUCUGGGUAGGUUUCAUUUCUGUGGUUCCUAUGACAUUCCCUCCUGUAUUUCCAGUUAGACAUACCAAGAGAAGAGAGUAGCAGCAUCCUCUCCCAGUCAUUUAUGGACUAGAUUCAUACAGCGUGCACAUUCAUCCACCAGCCUAGAUAGUUUUAGAACCUCUCAAGUAUUUUUAUGGGUGUGUGGUCUCUGGACUAUGGGGUUAUGUAAUUUCCCAAUUGGAGAACUUUUUCAGGAACUUGUAAGGGCUUCUUGCGCCCUCUGGUGUCUAAUUUUGGAACUGCAUGCUCCAGUCAGCGCUCCCACACUUCCCAGGCAUCCGGAAAUCCCACCUCCUUGGUAGAAAAUAGUUGCUCAAAACUCCUGAAAAGACAGGGAGUCAGAUAUACUUUCUUCUUCUCCCUCCCCACCACAGGGAAGAAACUAUGUGUUUUGCAUUUCCAGCCACACUGAAGUGUACACUUGGCUCUGUGGCACCAAACGUGCAGUCCCAGCAGAAGUGAGCCUUCAGAUGUGUCACACUAUGAAUUAGGUAUGACUCAGUCGAGCAUAGCGAGGCUGGCCCAGUAAAAGGGCACGUAUCAGGAGAAAUAAAGUGCAUUUUACAUCUGUGAGAAAGUGGCUGUGGUUAGCUUUGAACUUGUGGCUGAGGUCAGAUACAGCUGCCGGCUCCAGAUUGCUCAACUGAGCAGCUGCAACUUGUCGCUGCCACAGGUCCCUCCUGGGAUUCAUCAGGCUUGCUAGAGUUCACAGGGAACCGGGGCAUGCAUCCCUGUGGGUGACUGACUGUAAAGGGAAUUAGUGAGAAAACCGGCAAGGCACACGGGACGGGCGAGAGCAGUCUGCUCUCCAGGAAUGGCCGUGGCCGAGCCGUCAGAUGCUCCUUUGGGUUUUUAUGAGAGCGUCACUACCCAGCUCUCACUAAUUGCCAUGUUGCUUUAUUUAGCUUGAAGCCCCUGUGUUUUCCCCGUGUCCAAUAUUGCCUCUCAGUCUCUGUUGUGCUGGAUUCUCAUUGGGUUUCCUAAGGUUGCCAGCCAUUGGCCAGCUCACUGACAUAAAGUAUGUUUACCACUUGAAGGCUUCAGGAUUUUAGGAAACAAUUACACAUUUGUGUAUUGGGUCCCAAUAGAGGAGCUGAUCCCUACACAGCAGCAUUUGGUAAUCUCUACUUAAUGUGCCAGUGCUUCGAAUUGUGAGAGUUUAUGGUAGGACAGGGGCUGUGACUCAGUUGAUAGCGUACCUGCAAGUGUGAGGAACCCAUCCCUGGUGCUUCCUGCAUUCGGAGUGGUGAAGUACACUAUCAUCCUGGCACUUGAGAGGCAGACAAGGGCAUUACCACCUUCAGAGGGAGUUCAAGCCCAGGCUAGACCCUGUGAGACCCUGCCUCAGAACAAAGGGCUAGAGAGACGCUGGCUUAAGUACUCUCUGCUCUUGCACACGGUCUAGGUUUGGGUCCCAGGACCCACAUGGGACUCAAUCAUUCUUCUCUCUAGCUCCUGGAUCUGAUGCCUAGGGUGUGUCUGCAUAGGCCCCGUUUGCACAUGUGCACAUGUCUUAGGGUUCUACCGCUGUGAGGAGACACCAUGCCACAGCAGCUCUUCUAAAGGAAAACAGUCAGCUGGGGACUUAGAGUUCAGAGGUUCAGUCUGUUACCGUGGCAUGCAGAUAGUCACGGUGCUGAAGUGAUUCAGGAAACAGGAACAGACUGACACUGGGCCUGGCUUGAGCAUUUGAAUCCUCACAGCCCGCCCCAGUGACACACUUCCUUCAGCAAGGCCACAAUAUCUAAUGGUGCCACUCCCUAUGGGCCUCUGGGGGUCCAUUUCAUUCAGACCAUCACAUUACAUGCCAGAAAAAAUGCUCAGACACAUAAAAAAUAUGUUUAAAUGAAAAUAUUCUUUAACAGUUAAACUAUCUCUCUACCUCCUUUAAAAGUUUACAAAAUUAAAGAACAAUUAUAAAACGUAUGCUCUGUGUAAUAGAAGAUGUCAGCCACUAUCGAGAUAAUAAAACGUUCUGUAGAAACUCAGAUUGUGAAAUGUUACUUUUUUUCCCCCCUGAAAACAGUGUUUGAAAGAAAAGUUGCUGGGCUACAGUUCGGUGCAAUGUUUACUGUGUUUUCAACCUCUGAAACUGAGAGGAGAAAUGCCUGGGGUGGGACUGGAAGUGUGGCCAGCCGGUGGGUGUGGCCAGCCGGUGGGUGUGGUUAGCCGGUGGGUGUGGUUAGCCGGUGGGCGAGGGGGUUGGCCUCUGCACCUUCUGUGUUGAGUUUCACCUCAUGAUUGGCUCACACUGCCAAGAACGGGUUUCAUGACCACCUCACCUUACAGUGUCUUUUCUACAAAGAGAUGUUUUAGGAGUUCUCAAAAUCAAUGAAGGCUUCAUAUUAUCUAGGUCUUUAGGAGGUUACUCUGAAGUAACAGGAAGCAGAUAUGGACUCAAAUUCUCACUUCAGAAUGGUGUAUGCUGUAUUUGAAUACGGGCCUGUUAGUGAUAGGUGGAAGCCGCACAUUUGAGUGUAUUGACACCAUAAGUACAUACUGUGAAAUAUAAUGACAUUUAAUACUUUGUUAAGUGGCCUGGGAGAGGAAAAGCUUCUCGUUUUGUGUAAAGCUUAUUGAUUCAUUCUUACCCGUCAGGUUCAAGGUGCAGGGACAGAUACCACUUGGCAUUCCGUUCUGAUGUGUCAUGUGAGUGUAGUUUCUGUUUGGAAGUCCAGUAGACACUCCCAGCUGACAGGGGAAUUCCAGCAAGGUCAUUCAACCUUUGAACUUUAAAGGAGAACACAAUUGGGAAAAGCUGCCUCUGUGUAAACAUUAACCCAUCUGGUUUUAAGUGGCUCCUUUUAUCCUGUUGGUUUUAAUAUAAAAGGGAGACCUGGAAUUUUAUUUCUUUUAUACUUUGAUUAAAAGUAAGUUUAAGGAACUUGGAAACAUAUUCUUUCAUGAUUUAUUAUUUUUUAGUACUUACAAAAAAAGCCGCUCUCCCCAGCUAGCCUUAAAAUAGAGCGUGAGGGCACGCGUGUGUGCGCUUGAAGAUACACACACACACACACACACACACACACACACACACACACACACACAUACUCUGCGGGCACGUGGCAGUCAGAGGACAGCUUGCUGCAGUCCGUCCACUUCUAGCUUGUAGGGUCUGGAGCGGGAAUUCUGACUGCAGGCUUCUGACUAGCACCCUUCAUCCAUUCCUGCUCUCAUGAGCAGAAAUUCUUAAAGUAUUUCCAGUAUGAUUUUUUCAGUGCUUCUAUCAGUCUAAUUGUUCUUGAAAUGUUCUAACCCUGCCCUAACUGACAUUAGUAAACAGACUUUUUACCUAAGCAAACGAUGCUGGGUGCCAAUAAUGGAUUGCAGCAGUUCUCAACCUGUGGGUCCCAACUGCACAGGGCUGAAUAUCAGAUGGUUACAUCGCACUUCACAACAGCAGCAAAAUUACAGUUAAGAAGUAGCAACAAAAAUAAUUUUAUGGCAGGGGUCACCCCAGCACGAGGAACUGUAUGAAAGGGUCGCAGCAUUAGGAAGGCUGAGAGUGUCUGGGUUAGGGCGUUUGCGUCUGUAAAUGCUUGCACACAGAUGUAGGCAGUCAGUAUCAGGGCAGGCGUUCAUCCUCCAGCCCGAAGCUUUUCAACCCUGACUCUUUAACUCUGCAGUUAAAGUUUCUGUGUGGUGCUCGUUAAGUGGUAGGGUCUGGAGUUUUAGUUUCCAGGGUUCGGGGAGCUUUCAGACUUCAAAGUUGUGUGCGAGUCUGCUGUUGGCUGCGAGCCACACCCUGCGCUGAGUGACUCACUUAGGGAAGCUCCACGCUGUCUCUCAGGCUUCGUGUCGUUUUCACCUGUUGUUUCCUAGCCUCAAAAGGUAGUUCCAAAUAGCGUACAAAACGAUUAAGGGCUGCUGGCAUGGUGGCAUACAGGUUUAAACAGAUUUAAUCCCAGUACUUACAGGCAAAGGCAGGUGGGGUUUUGUGAGUUCAAGGUCAGCCUGGUCUGCCUAAAGAGUUUCAGGCCAGCCCGGGCUACAUGGUGAGAACAAAACAAACAAAAAGGAGUUAUCUUCCCUAUUGCUUUUUGGUUUAGAAAAGCUGUGAUCUGGACUAUCCUUAGCAUUUUCUUUCUGGUAAGCAGCAGUGAUCUCUUUCGGGCUUACACUGCCAUCAAGAACACUUGCUUCACCCAGUGGGCAGCCAUGAGAAAUGGCUACUUUGGCAUAGUUUUUGAUGGUGUCUUCUGGACUCUUGUGUUUAUGUUUGACUACUCCAGUAACUUCUCCCGUGAAGGCUACAGCCCAGUGUCUGCUUGGUGAGAAUGUUGCCUUGUACCCAGAAGCAGGGUGCUCACAAUGAUGCGGAAAUGAUUGGAGCAAAGUUCCCAGGCCAAUAAAUCUUUACUUAUGAACAUUUAAUGGUAAAAUAGUAUUUCUUUUUGAUCAGUUGAAAGUUGGGGACUAAAACUGCUCUCCCACUUCACUCCUGGACUCUUUGUCUUAGGUAAGUCGAGGGUUUAGUUGUGUCUGAGAUCAUUUGGAAUCUGGUGACACAUACAGCCAUGACAUGUAUCUGGCACACAAGCACAGGUGUGUGCACAUCACACACUCUUGCCUAUAUACUUGAUCCAGAACUCUGUGCGCUGUGGUCGGAGUAUCGAUUAGAUACUGACCUCCUUUCCGUGUGCAGCUAGGCCUCAGCCACAGCUGCAGAGGCUAAACAGUGAGUGGUUAUAGAAGCAGAGACAUCGUGGCAGGUUAAAACUUUAUUUUUUAUUUUUCUCCCUUAAUAAUGAAAUAUAUCUUGCCAGGUGAAGCCACAAUUCAGAGUUAUAUUUAAAACUCUAGGUAGCCCAAGUUUUAAAAGCAGUCACAGAUUUCAACAUGGCUGCUCUGGCAAAUGUUUCAGAAACUGAGCAUAUUGUCCAGGGAAGAGGAGAAGCUCCCUCCCCCACCCCCACCCACCACCUUUCCAUCUCAAUGCUUGUACUAGCCACGCCACGUGUAAAUUUUGCAGUCUUCUCCCUGAGUUUAUUUUCUCCCAAAUAAAGCUGGUGUUACAGUAGUUUCAAGCACACAUGCACGAGAAGCUGGACAGAGGGUGCUGUCCUUUCCUGAAAGCCUUUGUGUCGAAGUCCCUCUUGGCUCUGCUUUAGAGGACAUGGAGGUCAUCUCGGGUGUCCUUGCACUGGGGUCUCACAUCAAGGGUCUGGUGGUCUUUGAGUGUCUGUUCUCGGUCAGGGCCUCUCUGCUCCUUUGUGUUCUCAUCCCACCCUGCAGCUCUUCCAAGCCCUUGGCCCACUUCCCCCUGCCUUCGUUGCCACCACGCUUGUCCCUGAAUCGUUUGUGUCCCUUGACUCAGUGACCGCUUCUCGGUCCUAUUUUCUCACCUAAUUGUUUCCCCUUGUCUACACCCUUAUCUUAGAGUAAGUCUGCCUAGAAGCCAUUUGGAUGUUCUAGUCAGGUCAUUUACUGUACACGCUUGUGAUCAUCACAAGCUCGUCCUCAUGUCCCCGGUGCAGUGCAUAGUACUGACAUGGGCUCUAACCAGUGGUUGUUAAUUAAUUAAUGCUUUUAUUACAUGGAUUUAUUUAUCGUGUACGUGUGUGAGGGUGCACAUGUGCCACAGUAUAUUUAUGGAGUCUGACAACUUGUGGGGGGUGGUGCUCUCCCUGUACCACAUGGGAUUGGGUGUCAAGCUUAGAGUGCCAGGCAUGGCAGCAAGCCUCCAUCCACAAAGCCGAAAGUCUCAGGAGCCUAAAGUCAGGCUCGCCCGCUCCUCUCUUGUCACUAACAUGUUUGGGUUUUCUCUGCUAUCGAAAGUAUCCUGAUUGAUUUGUUUGAAAUGUCCUGACUAGGUACUCGAGUGACCUUUGUUUUAAGGUAAGCCUUCAACCAUCACCUCGUGGCUGACGCUCCCAUGACUUUUCAUCUCGCCUUUUGAUUCUCACCUCUCCUUCUCUAAGCUCCUUCACCCCCACACCCCACAAGCCCAUCCUGAUUACUGUUUUUUAAAGAUUUAUUUACUUUAGUAUAUGUGAGUACACUGUCGCUGUCUUCAGACACACCAGAAGAGGGCAUCAGAUCCCCUUACAGAUGGUUGUGAGCCACUGUGUGGUUGCUGGGAUUUGAACUCAGGACCUCUGGAAGAGCAGUCAGUGCUCUUAACCACUGAGGCAUUUCACCAGCCCCAAACAGGCUUUUUAUUAUUUGAGUUAAUAUUUUAUCUUUUGACUAAUUUUUUAGAUUUAUAGGAGUCGCAAAGACAGUACAAAAAUUCCCACAUAACAUUCACCCAACUUCUCACAUAAGAAUCUUCUGUGAACAUGUCUUAUUGUCAAAAUUAAGAAAUGAAUAUGAUUUUUAUCUGAAAUCUAUACUUCAUUUGUCUUUUCCAGUACUGUAUUUUUCUGACACAAUGCAUAAUCUAGGGUGUCAUAUUACACUUAGCAUAUUUCCAAAUUGAUAUAAAAGCUUUGGUAAAAAGUUUCCAAAGCACAAAAGGGUACUGUGUGCUUUCCACCUCUGGAGCCUCUGUUAUUCUAGAAUCUGCCUUCCUGAGAGGUGUUUACAGGCAUGCACACCCAAACACACCUCAGCCAUGCCCAUGUGCAUGAAUAUGGGUAUACACAAUCACAUUUAAUACAUUUCUCUACACAUGUAUAGUUUAAAUUAGUAUAGUUUGCUAAUUCUCAGUGAGUAGCCCACAACUGCCUUGCUUUUAUUCCAUAUCCCAUCAGAUAACAGCACUUACCAGUUCCCUCUGGUCCCCAUCCUAAUGCUGCGGUGGACAUUCACAAACACACACAAGUGUUUAUUUACGUGGGAACAUGUGGUUUUAGUCAUUGCUUGAUGAAAGCAUCCAUUGUGUUCGUCAUUCAUCCACUUGUUUUUCAGAGUGGUUUCCGUUAUUUCCCCAUAACUUCACAGCACUGUCUUAUACAAUAUUUUGAAUUUUACCAUAUUAAAGUUAAAAUAUGCAUUAAAGUGAUGUCAUCUUUUUAUUAUGAUUUCUCCUGAGCUGAAUUGAGUGUGAAGAGGCCCCAUGAUCUUAGCAGCUCUUACAAAAGAAAGCAUCCAAUUGGGGCUGGCUUACAGUUUCGGAAAUUUAGUCCAUUAUUAUCAUGUCAGGAAGCAUGGCGGCACGCAGCAGACAUGGUGCAGGAGAAGGAGCUGAGAGAUCCACAGGCAGCAGGAAGAGAGAGGCAGUGAGCCUAGCUUCUGAAAACCUCACCACCCACCUCCAGUGACACACUCACUCCCACAAGGCUGCCCUCUUAAUCCUUCUCAACAGUGCCCUCUCUGGUGGCCAAGCAUCUAGAUGUGUGAGCCUACAGUGCCACUCUCGUUCAAACCCCCAUGUCUGCGUGUGUUUGAUGCCAUCUCUCUUCUUGUCUCAACUGUAGCUAGACCAGAGCUCACAGAAGAGAGCAGAGUCAGACACUGAGUAUCUCAGUCAGGGUUCCACUGCUGUGAAGAGACACCAUGACCACAGCAACUCAUAAAGGAAACAUUUCAUGAGGGCUGCCUUGUAGUCCAUUAUCGUCGUGGUGGGGAGCAUGGCAGUGUGUGGGCGGUCAUGGUGCUGGAGGAGCUGAGAGUUCUACAGCGUGGUCUGAAGGCAGCCAGGGGGAGACUCUCUUCAGCGGUGGGCAGAGCUUGAGCAUAGGAAGCCCUAAAGCCGACCUACACCGUGACACACUUCUGCCAAACAGACCACACCUCUAAUAUCCCCAUGGUCAAGCAUUCAAACACAUGAAUCGAUGGGGGCCAAAUCUACUCAGACAACUAAACUGAUGUUAAACCUUGUGUAGGCACAGACUCGGGAAUCUACGAAGUUCUAUAAUGCAUUGAGAAGCAAAAACAGUGUUUACUUCCAGGCCAAGGAUAUCUUUUUUAUAUCUUUGUAUUUUUAAUAUUUUUCCUUUAUCAGACACCUUAGAAUAUUCUAUUCAGCCUUGAGUAUUAUACUCAAGGGAAUAUUUUGAAAUUAAGUUGCCUAUAUUAUUUUCCCAGUCUAUAUAAGUCAUCGCAAACCUACAGUUUAAAUGACUACAGAUUAGGGAGCUGGAGAGAUGGCUCAGUGGUUAGAAGAACCUGGUGCCCUUUCAGAGGACCCUAGUUUAUUUGCUAGCUUAAGUCCCAGGCAUCUUACCACUACCUCUUACUCCAGUGCCAGGGCACCUGAUGCCUCUGGCUUCUGCAUGCACGCGCACAUGCCUUCCCACAAAUACCAAUGCAUACGCAUAAUUUAAAAAAUUAAUUAAGAUGACAGAUUAGGGUUCAAGGUGGAUCUCACUGGGUGUAAAAACAAGUAUUUUCAGGGCUUCAGGCCUUCCCAGAGGCUCUGAAGGCGCGUCUGUCUCUGUGCUUCUUCUAGCUUAAGCCCACCUGCAUCCCUCAGAUUGUGUCUCUUCUCCACCUUAAAGCCAGCAGGGAUUAGUGGAGUCCUCACAGUGACUCUUUCUAAUCACAGCCGGGAAGAGUCCGCACUGAUAACACAGUCUUGUGACUAGACUGGACUCCUGUGGAUAAUGUUUCAACAUUCUUAAACUUAAUCAUAUGUACAAAGUCCCUAUGUAAAGUAAUUUUUGCAGGUUCUGAUAACAGGGACAUGCCAUUCUGCUCAUCGCAGAGAAUCAGCAGGGUGAGAGGAAGUCAAGUUAUAUACAGAGAAUCCAGAAAAGUUAAAGAUGAUUCCAGAAUGUAUUUUCCGGGAGAGAAAAAGAUAAUGUUCCCAGAGUGGUUAGCCACAUGUAGCCAUGAUAAUGUUCCCAGAGUGGUUCACAUAUGUAGCCAUAGUAGAUAGCUGGUCCUGGAGAAGCUGCUGGUGAGAAGUGGCAAUACAGGCAGUCGUUCAGGAGUGAAAGCCUGCAGGCAAAGGACACGGCACUGAGUGCAAACAGAGAAGCAAACUUCAGGCCUCUUUCAGCUGUGAUUGCACAACCAUAGACUCCAGGGAGGAGGGGAAACUUUCAUUGAAAUAAGAAUCAAGAUCAUUGGAGCUCUGAGGACUCUACUCCUCACACCCUGUAACACAUGGAAAAUAAAUCCUUCAGAAACCCAAGCUGGGCCACCAGGAUAAUGAGAGUUCUCAGGCUUUCUCUAGUCUUCAUUACAAUUGUCUUCACACACACAUUGGACUUGACCUUUGGGGUGCUGCUGAGUCGCAGGAGUUAAAGGAACAACCCCUCCUACCUGGCCUGCAGGGCGGUAGCUUCCAAGGCCACUGCAAACAUGUAUCUGUGUGAACUUGAUCCAGAAACAGCCAGGCAGGGGACAAAGUUUAAUCCGAGGGAAUAGUUGGCCGCCUGUAGUUUCAGGCGGUCUGUCCAGACUUCAGCAUGCGGUUUUGGAGUCCUCUCUUGCAUCAAACCUGUGUCUCCGUAGUCCUCUGACCGUCAUCUCGGGACCUGGGUCACCCUCAUGGCACAAUGGCCAACCCUCAGGAGCACCUGAGCUGCUCCUCUUUGCCACACUUGCCCUUGACUGAGAACAAAAUCUCUGGUGGACGAAAUGAGCUUGCGGCUAUGGGGAACCACCCUUCCCCCAAGUUCCCUGAGGACUCGCAGGAGAGGGUGGUGGCUAUACAGUCAGAGCUGACGGAGAUCACGGGCAGCCCGGUCUCCACAACAGUGCUGACCAGUGUAAGCGAAGAUUCCAGGAGCCAGUUUGAGAACAGUGUCCUUCAGCUAAGGGAACAGGACGAAUCAGAGGUGACCGUAUCUCCAGGGAACAGCAACACCGUGGAUGGAGAGAACACGAACGGACCUGAAGACAUCAAGAUCCAGUUCAGCAGGUCAGGCAGCGGCAGCGGUGGGUUUCUCGAAGGACUCUUUGGUUGCCUCAGGCCCGUGUGGAACAUCAUCGGGAAGGCGUACUCCACGGAUUACAAACUGCAGCAGCAAGACACUUGGGAAGUGCCGUUUGAGGAAAUCUCAGAGCUGCAGUGGCUGGGUAGUGGAGCCCAGGGAGCCGUCUUCCUGGGCAAAUUCCGAGCAGAGGAGGUGGCCAUCAAGAAGGUGAGAGAGCAGAAUGAGACGGACAUCAAGCAUCUGAGGAAGCUGAAGCACCCUAACAUCAUCGCCUUCAAGGGCGUUUGCACUCAGGCCCCGUGCUACUGCAUCAUCAUGGAGUACUGUGCCCACGGACAGCUGUACGAGGUCCUGAGGGCCGGCAGGAAGAUCACGCCCCGGCUGCUCGUGGACUGGUCCACGGGGAUCGCCAGUGGAAUGAAUUACCUCCAUCUCCAUAAGAUUAUACAUCGAGAUCUCAAGUCGCCCAAUGUUUUAGUGACUCACACAGAUGCAGUGAAAAUUUCAGACUUUGGCACAUCUAAGGAACUCAGUGAUAAAAGCACCAAGAUGUCCUUUGCUGGCACCGUUGCGUGGAUGGCACCUGAGGUGAUCCGGAAUGAGCCUGUCUCUGAGAAGGUUGACAUAUGGUCGUUUGGAGUCGUGCUUUGGGAGCUGCUGACAGGGGAGAUCCCCUACAAGGACGUGGACUCAUCAGCCAUCAUUUGGGGUGUUGGCAGCAAUAGCUUGCACCUCCCGGUUCCUUCCACUUGCCCAGACGGAUUCAAAAUCCUUAUGAAACAGACGUGGCAGAGUAAGCCUCGAAACCGGCCUUCUUUCCGGCAGACACUCAUGCAUCUGGACAUUGCCUCUGCAGAUGUGCUUGCCACCCCUCAAGAAACGUACUUCAAGUCUCAGGCUGAAUGGAGAGAAGAAGUGAAAAAACAUUUCGAGAAAAUCAAAAGUGAAGGGACCUGUAUUCAUCGAUUAGAUGAAGAACUGAUUCGUCGCCGCAGGGAGGAGCUCAGGCAUGCCCUGGAUAUUCGAGAGCACUAUGAGAGGAAGCUCGAGCGGGCUAACAAUCUGUACAUGGAGCUGAGCGCCAUCAUGCUGCAGCUGGAGAUGCGGGAGAAGGAGCUCCUCAAGCGAGAGCAAGCAGUGGAAAAGAAGUAUCCUGGGACCUACAAGCGACACCCUGUCCGUCCAAUCAUCCACCCCAAUGCCAUGGAGAAGCUCAUGAAAAGGAAGGUUGUGUCUCACAAGGCUGGUGUACAGACUAAGCGGCCAGACCUGUUGCGAUCCGAAGGCAUCCCUAGUACAGAAGCAGUUCCCACUGCAUCCCCUCUGUCUGGAAGUCCCAAAAUGUCCACCGGAAGCAGCAGGAGCCGGUACCGAAGCAAACCACGUCACCGCCGAGGGAACAGUAGAGGCAGCCAUAGUGACUUCGCAGCAAUCUUGAAAACCCAGCCUGCCCAGGAAAAUUCACCCCACCCCACCUACCUACAGCACACUCAGGCUCAGUGCCCUUCUGCCUAUCAACAUAAUCUUCCCCAGCAGCAAGUCCCUCCUCCCCUGCCUCAGAGCCGCCAUCCCAGACUCAAUGCGCAUGGGCAGGACAUUGCGACCUGCGCCAAUAACCUGAGGUACUUCGGCCCAGCAGCAGCCCUGCGGAGUCCACUCAGCAACCACGCUCAAAGACAGAUGCCUGGCUCUAGUCCCGACCUCAUCUCCACAGCCAUGGCAGCAGAUUGCUGGAGAAAUUCUGAACUUGACCAAGACCAAGUCGGACCCUGGGGCUGUUGUCAGGCUGAACCCUAUGAUCCCUGUUUCCAGUGCAGGCCAGAACAUUCUGGGUCCUUAGAUGUUCCCACCACUGAGCCAGUGGGGAGGAGCCCAGACCCUUCCAGUUCACCAGCACACAAUCCUCUUUCAGGAAAUGCCCAAGGCUCUGAGAGAACGGAGGCAAAUGGAUUCAAUGGCUGUCAGUCUGGUAUUUCUCAUCAAUUCACACCCCCAUUGCUACCUCAAAAGCCACGGCCCCUUCAGAAGAGUGGAGAUGACUCCUCAGAAGAGGAAGGAGAAGUGGACAGUGAAGUAGAAUUUCCUCGACGACAGAGGCCUCACCGUUGCAUUAGUAGUUACCAGUCGUACUCAACCUUUAGCUCCGAGAACUUCUCUGUGUCUGAUGGAGAGGAGGGUAACACUAGCGACCACUCCAACAGUCCGGAUGAGUCGGCCAACAGACGGCAGGACCGCCUGGCAGAGACGCUGGACGACCUGCUGUCCCAGACACCAGAGGCCCCCAUCGAGAUCUCCUCCCACUCGGAUGGGCUGUCUGACAAGGAGUGUGCCGUACGGCGUGUGAAGACACAGAUGUCCCUUGGCAAGCUGUGUGCUGAGGAGCGCGGCUACGAGAACCCCGUGCAGUUUGCAGACUCGGACCGCGACUCUUCAGAGGGGGACUGCUCUGAUGCCACAGUUAGGACCAGCAAGAACUACAGCUCUGCCACCUGGUGACCACAGCUCACUCGGCUCCAGCAAUAGACCCCUCCCUCGUUCAUCCGUCUGGGAGGCGUGGCAGGAACAUGAGACUCGUCAAACCUCUGGGAAAACACCCAGAAGACACUGCGUCUCACGGAGCAUUUCAAUCAAGAAUGGCAGGGAUCUAUUGUACUGAGUACGCCAACUACUGUAACAUUGAUAUUUAUUUUUGUUGGACAUUUUAACACUUUGUAUUGUAAAGAGUGAACUAUAUAUGAUACAGACACAAUAAUUUCUUUACAAAAAAAAAAAAAAUAAGGAAAUGUUGCUCCUAAGAGCAACUUGUGGGACCAGGUGUCACUGUCACUUGAACACGGGACCGGAUCCUUCAUCCAUGCUUGAAAAGCUGUAAGGAAACAUGUUGAACGUUGAAGACACAAGCCAAAGGGAACACAGCCACACUAAGUUCAGCCGGCUUGUCCGUGUGAAGGAUGGAAAGACCUGGAAGUUGAGCGGUCUCACAGCACCAAUGCCUUGGAGGGCACGUGCUUCUUCCCCUAGCAGGAAGAAGCACACAGAGCUACAGCUGCACAUCUGGAAGCCAUUUUGUUUCUUGAACGUUGAGCAGAACCUGGUAGUAAGAGCUUCAUCAGCAUCAGGUCCCACCCUUAGCACAUGCUUCCCCUUCAAUGCCGCCAUUUUCAUGCCCCUGGCCAGAGUGGUCUUCCAGACGCAGUGCCAUUUCUCCUAGGUAGCUUCCUUUCUUUCCACCUGUUAGCCACUUCUUUUAGGAAGGGGAAAGGGUCCUGAGGGGCACAAAGGGGUAAGAUGAGAAGAGCAUCUUCUAGUGACAUUAGAAAAGCAAGCCUGUAAACACCCUUCUCAAGAUGGCUCUGUUCAGCUAACUAAGCAAGACGGUGCGACCCCUCUCUGACCCAGGUCGUCUACCUCCUGGAACCACACUGAUUCACACACGAGGUAGCUAGGAUGUGUGUAUCCAGUGUCCAAUCCCAAACCGUCUUUGUUUUGUUCGUGAUCUCAUUCUAGCUUGGAAGCUUUGGUGGCUGUCUGUCAAUCACUGUAGCAUAAAAGGCAAAGUUAGCAGCCCGUAGAUGACCCAUCCCCAUUUGUUAAAUGCUAUCUGUAAAUUACAGUGGGUUCUGUUUUUUUAUUUUUUGUUUGUUUGUUUGGUUUUUAUUAUUAUUAUUAUUCUGAAUCACUACGGUUUUCUUUAGUUGGGUUAGGAAAUCGGUAGAAGGAGCAGCUGAUGCUAAGCGGGAAUUAGAAUUACUCUGGUUUCUCGAAAGCACACGAUUCUUCCUGUGUCUAGAGUCCAGGUCUAUGAAUGAUACCCUGCAUGCUUUGUGGGGCUUUGGCUUGAAGCAGGAAGUGUCUCGCUGUCCCCAGAGGGCUGGGUCACAGGUGGGCACCACCACGCGUGGGUUAAAGAUGUUUCAUCUAGAAUUUACAUACACCCACGCUGGCCCGAUUCCUGUCUCCCGUGCGGGCUUCUGCAGUGCCCUGCACUGGCUGCAUUCCGAUGUUGUAUCCUAUAAGGAUGUUAGGUAUUGAGACAUUCCAACCCAAAUGGAAACAGUGGCCCUGCGGCGGGUGUCACUCACUGACUGUGUCGGCCAAAAGGAAGUGCAGGAGGGGCUCGGAGCCAGUCUUAUGUUAGAUCCCUCCUUUGUUUACACUUUAUGUUGAAAUGUUGAUUUUAAAAUUUAGUCUAUAAUUCUUAGCUCAUGGGAAAGAUGAAGGAACAUGUACUUAGAAAGCAGUAUUGUUUUGUUAAAUUAUUCCGUUUUGUAUGAACUGUAGCAGGACUACACACAAGAGCUUAAGUUAUGGCAUUAUUAUUAUUGUUUUUAUUGUAUAGCGUCAUGAUUUUCUGUUGACCAGAAGGUGUGGCUUAUGAUAUAGCACAAUGACUGUUCAUUGCUAAUCGUGAAUUAUUAUGGACUUCUGUGGUCCUCAGUGAAGGCUGGGGAUGGAGCCGUCCUUUGGCACUGCCAGCGUUCCUCAGUGUUUUCCCUGGUCUCCUGAAUACUGCAGCAAUGGUCUGAGGAGGUGUGCUCUGCCCUGACACCCAACAGGUACACUGUGAUUUUUUUUUUUUUUUUUUUGGUUCUUUUUUUCGGAGCUGGGGACCAAACCCAGGGCCUUGCGCUUCCUAGGCAAGCACUCUACCACUGAGCUAAACCUCCAACACCCGAUUUUUUUUUUUUUACUUGAUUGUAAAAGUUCCUGAAUAUGCAGAUGACCAAGUAGAUGACCAAGUAGUUCAAAAGCUUCAAAAGUUAUAAACUUUCUAAAGUGUCUUAGACAUAAAAUCAUGGGACUGUAAUAGGCAAAAAGAGAUUGAAUGGUCAGACGGCAAGACAAAGAGUUUCUGUGAGGACUCAUGAGGGAGUUUCAAGGGCGGACAGCAAACCAAGCCAUCAUCCCCUUCCUACUGAGUCCCACAGAAUGGGAAGAGUGGAGAGACUAGAAGAGAUGUGCACCAGCAGGACAUGCUUGACUGCCUCAGGUCCCUUGUUCCUUAGAAUUAAAACGUUUCCUGUGCACACAAAGCAGGAGCAGCUGUCUGUCCUGUGCACACCGUUAGUGACAACAGUGAGCUCUGAAGAAGCUUCUGCUGCACCUUUCAGUGUCCUUCCAGAAAACCCACCCAGUACCUCAGCCUUCGUCAGCAUUCUGCAUUCCCACCCUGUCUGUGUAUCACACCAAGGCCACCUUAACUGGAGUCACCGUGAUGGGAUGCCACAAUGUGCCAGGAGUGUGGUGUUGAUUCCAGCCGUUCACUGUGGCGUCGAGAUGAGAGUAACAUCCACCUUUUUUGUGGUAUAAUUAUUGUGGUUUCAGAAAAAAAAAUGAUUCUAAGCAAGGUUAAAAGGGAAGAACAGUCCCUACCCCACCCGCCUUGUAGGAGCCAGGAAACCCAGGCUGUGUUUCCUUUAAAGCAUUAGUCAGAACCUCUCUCGAGGGAUCAGGAGACUUAAGAGCCAAUUCUUCAGUGCUGUUAGAUGCCGCCAUACCGUGGUGCUUUGAGAAUCCUUGCCAGUCUGGUUUCAAGCUUCAAGAUGAAUAUCUGCGUUCUUUGGCCGGCUGUUUUUGACUGACUACUGAAGAUGAGUUUCAUUUUGUAUUGCAGUCAAGCACUGGAUUUCUCUCUCUUUCUCUCCUUUUUUUUUUUUUUUUCUAGAUCACAUCCCUAAGUAAAAAACCCUCUUAAAAUAAUAGCCUAGCACAGUAAUGGAGAAGCCUGUGUGCACUUUAAAUCAUACCCCACCUUCAUCAAGUUCAGAGCUGGCUAAGACUGGGGUAGACUCUGCCCAGGACAAUGAAGAUGAUGUUUUAAGGUGACCUGGGUGGCCUGCUUGAAAACUAUUUAAAGCCUCUAGUUGUACUAAGUAAAUCCCGGAAUUAAAAUCGUUUUGAUCAGUAAUGUCUAGUGCUUAUUCAGGGCCGUUGUGUUAAUUUAUUCCCCUGACCUGCCCUGGGUGAUGGAGGGGAUGGUGUUGGAGUUCCUUGUCACUAACAUAGGCUUGUCAGUGCUCCCACAAAGUAGCCCUGACAUCUUUUCUGGAAGAAUGUGUUCCUGUUGAUCCAGUGGUUUACUGUUUGUUUUUUUUUCCUUAUGCCCUUAUGUCUCAAAUGUUUUUGAUUAUAUGUUUUUUAAUUCUUUGAGAGAUUCAUACACGUAAACAAUGAGCUAUGAUCAUAUUCACUCCGUACCCCUCUGUAUCCAACCUAAGCCAUCCUCCUGCCCACUUCAGGCUUUUGGAUUAUUGUUUUGGUAAUUCAUCAAUAAAGUCACUACCACCCAGGUAUGCGGUGCGUAUGGCCAUCCACUGGAGCAAGGGACACUAACCACGAACCACUUCCACAAAACCGUGAUUCCCCUCCCCCAUAGCUGCCGCCUGCCAAUGAUUCAGCAAUAAGGAUAGAGCCUGGAGAUCUCCUUCCCACAUCAAAUUCUCUUUUUAAAAAGCAUUUCUAGGGGUUGGGGAUUUAGCUCAGUGGUAGAGCGCUUGCCUAGCAAGCGCAAGGCCCUGGGUUCGGUCCCCAGCUCCGAAAAAAAGAACCAAUAAAUAAAUAAAUAAAUAAAUAAAUAAAUAAAUAAAUAAAAGCAUUUCUAGCUGGGUGUGGUGGCACAUACCUUUAAUCCUAGUUCUGGGAGAGGCAGAGACAGGCAGACUCUGUGACUUUAAGGCUAGCCUGCUCUACAUACAAGCUAGGCAGAGUGACUUGGUGAGACCCUGUCUCAAUAAAUAAUGAUAAUAAUAAUAAUAAUGUCUAAGGGAUUCCUCCCCUGCCCUAUAUACUAUGUUUAUUUCUCGAAACCAAAAUACCAUGUUCCACCCUGCACCACCUCUACCCUAAACACUGGUCUGUAUCUGAACACCACAUUGUUCCCUGCUGAUCCGAGCUACAGUCUCAGAGCAGAGCACCACUCAUAACUUUCUGGAACUGGUGUGCAAAGUAUAUAUGCGUUGACCAUUUGAGAUCUUGCGUUCCCUGAUGGGCAAGUACAAGACCAGGCCAGGGGUCUCCUUGUGGAUCCACAAGGCCAGCAGGGGUACACCAUGACAGGCAAAGACUGCAGUCCGACUGAGUAACCACCAACGGCAUCUCUACCCACACUGGACUGUACGGAAUAAGCACACUCUUCCCCGUCUGAACAGAAGGCUCAGGUGUGCGGCCCAGCCCGUGUCUCCUCCCGAGACGAUGUGAAUAUCAAGACUUUUCUCCAACCUCAGUGUGGACCCAGUGCCUUCCCAGACAGCAAGUUUUUCUCUGCUGAUGCCAUAGAACGAAUGUCCCAAUCUGCUCACCUCCCUCCAGGCUGGCCCACUGGAUUUGCUCAUCUGCAUGGCUCCAUUGGCACAGCAAAAGCCUGUUCAAACAAGAACCAGCUGAACUAGGCUGCUAAGUGGAGGACCCGGGAGAGCCUAGAACUUUCUCAGGGACAGGUGGCUAAGAGCGUAGCUCUCAGAAAUGGAAAGAGCUGGGUGAGACUUUGCGCAAUGUCACAUGGCAACAGUGUGAUGGAAGGAUUUCAGUCAGUACCACAUCUGCAGAUGGCAAGGCCACUCUACAGAAGCUUUCAGCAGAAUCAGUCCUUCCCAGGGCCAUUGUUCAGCACUGGGGAUGGGUCAGCGGCAUCUGGCCCAAGGCUGCUGUCCGGUGAUCAUGGUCCUUCUUAGCUACAAGCUAGAGGCCAGCCAUGUGAGGGGGGUGCCAUGAUCACUCCACCCCAGUGGCUGUCCAUCUCUAGAGUUCCACUUCCCAGAGGAUGGGGGGACCCUGUGAGUCUUGUUUUCAUGUAUGUGUCUGCCUUCUCCCCUCCUCUCUUCUCCCCCCGCCCCUCAUAAUAAUGUGAGUUCCUAUUCAUCUAGAGCAAAUGAAUUUCUUUCUACUACUUAAAUCUCAUUAUGAACCGCACGUUGGCAUCCCAUGGUCUCAGCUCCUGGCCCCCCCCCCCCUCCGCUCCAUGUCCUUUUCAGAUACCAGCUCUGGCUUUGUACUGAACAGCAAUGGGGACAAGAAUGAUUAUAAAAACAAACCAAUGCAUGAAAUUAAACAAAAAGUAUACCUUA